AUGAUAUUAUGUUAUUUUUCAUCACUUGAAGGUGCAACAUUAGAACAAAAACUUGAAUUUAUGUUUUUGUUGUACGAUAAAGAUAGUAAUGGAAUACUUGAUAAACAAGAACGACCAAAAGUACCACGAAGUGGAAAUGACCUUAAGCCAGAAGAAUCAUGUGUUGAAAGAUCAAUAGAAUUAUUUCAAAUAAAUUCAUUAUCAAAUACAGAUCCAUUACUAGUUUUUAUCAAUCCAAAAGCAGAUAUUGAUUGGGUACUUGAUGUUAUGGAUAGAGUACUACUUCGUCGUCGAACAUUAGUUACUGUUCUACCAUUAGGCACAGAAAAUGAUUUAGCUCGAUGUUUAGCAUUGGAUGGUGGUUAUGAAAAUGAAAUCAAAAAUAGAACUCGCGAAAGUUUCCCGAUGCAAAUCGAUGGUGAACCAUGGCUUCAACCACCAUGUACGAUUUCAAUAACACAUAAAAAUCAACUUCCUAUGUUAAUGUCACCACGAAAAGAACGUAAAAAUAAUUUAUGGAUUUUAUUUAAAAAACGAAAUUCGGGAAAAUUGUGA